GCGCCAUGAAGGCCUUCGACGCGCUGAUCCCGACGAGGUUCAUGGCGUCGAUCUGCUUUCUCAUUUCGGUGAUGAUGGUGUUUUCUACCAUGGCAGACAACAUUAUCGUAUCUUUGCCUUCGACCUACUCACAGACAAGCUAUGAUUCAUACAAAUCAUCUCUAAACUUGGUUUUAUCUUUGCAUAUCAUUUGUAUUUGCUUCAAUCUAGCAGGUUUCUUGUUUGGGUUCUCGAUGUUCAUUCCAUCGCACACGAUCCUUGUCAUCAUCUCUCAUACAAUUGGAUGCAUUUACUCUUGUGUGGCCAUCAUGGAAACAUGGCAUUACCUGAACUUCUGGUAUAUCUGGGCUUUCUUCUCAGCACCAGUUGCAUUCAUUGAGGCUUGCAUAGUCAUUGGGACCUUCAGCCUUGGAAGCUUGAACAUUACUUGAGCGAGAGGAUGAGGAAACAUCUAAUGAGAUUCGAGAGUUUAAUAAGUGUAAAUUAGCUGUUGAAAGAAUGAAUGCAAAGGUGACUG